UCACUUUCAUUUUCUGCGAUGUUUUCAUAAAAUUUAUUUGUGCGUUGAAAUUUUUCCGUUGAAGUUAUCGAAGUGAUUCGUUUGUUUAUUGAUAGUCGUUUUUUUGUUAUUGUCUGGAAAUCUGAUAUUCCUUUAUUGAGACAACACCAAGUUAGGUUUCCUUUGUCGCUUGGCUAAAAUCGAAAAUUCCAAUACACGACAUGUCUUCAGCCGCGCAAGACGAUUUAAACAGCCUAACAAACGAUCAAUUACGAUCUCGUUUGCUUGCUGUCGGCCUAGGAAGUAUGCCUGUCACAAACUCGACUCGUAAUGUUCUGUUGAACAGGCUUCGGAAGACAAUUGAAGGUCAAAAGACUGCAUCCCGCAGAGAAACGAUGCAUGUAACAAAGCUUCCAACUGAAGACGAAAAAUCGGCAUCAAAAACAGCCAAAAAACCUGCCAACCGACGCAAUACGAUCAAUGCUACUCCGAUGGCUGUCGAGGAUAUCGUACCGAUAGCUAGACCCAAACAAAACAUGAGACGAUCAGGACGCAUAACGCCUACUUUCGGCGAGAACGGCAAUGCUGCAUCAUCAAUUGCCGUUGCGCCAUCUGAGAUCGAUAUCGUUGAAUUGGAUGAAGAUCCUGUUCUAGAAGCGUACGUCCCGCCAAGACGCGCAACGCGAUCACCAUCGCUGGGAAAAAGUCAAACUGUUGUUACGUCAUACAAGACCGAGGUAGCAAAACCAAUGUUGAUCGUUGAAAGUACUGAGGAGGAGGAAGAAGAAGAAGGAUAUGAUGACGAAGAGAAUGGAGCUGCAACCACUGUGCAAAACAACAUUUAUCCAACGUUGCCGACCAAUGGAUUCAAGAAUAUCUCGCCGCCGAAAACGUCAUCUUAUCAAUCCGCACUCAGACGCACUACAACGCACACCACCAGUUACGAGCCAACAUCGUACCAGCCAUCUUUCGAACAAAAUUACCGAGACGUACCAUUCAAGGCUCCACUGUCGAAACCAAUCGUUCCCACUUACACGACAUCAUCAAGUUCUGGCUUGAACCGACGUUACACAGCCAGUGCAUUCUCUUCGACGCAAAGAUUCGACGACGACAGUGCCACAGAGCACUCCGACAUUGAUGCACCAUACCUAAGUGACUUCACAAAGCGUCUGUCCCAAUUGCGACCGGAGCCGUUGCACCGAAAAAUAAUUGCUGAUGUCAAACAUCAUCAUCAAGCUGACGAUUCACUGUGGCAAUCGUUUUCGAAUUUGGUCAUCGCAUUCGGACGGAAAUUCGGUGUUUUCAUUUUGGCUGGAAGUUUAUUGAUGAUUGUUGUCUUUAUUUACGUAUUUUUUAUCAUGGCAUAAUGGACGGCGACGUUAUACGUUAUAAUUCUCAUUUAAAUGACUAUUCGAUGAAAAGUGUUUUAUAUUUUCAAGUGGGGUGGUUGAUUCACUAGUUUUUUGUUUAACGGGACAUUUUGUUACAUUAACUGCUUUUAGUUCAUUGUACCAUUUUCUGAAUAUGUAAAAACAUUGGCUUGUCAAGUUGUCCAUAAAUAAAAUCUUGUAAUUUAACUGAAA